AUGGCACCGUGCGGUACUCCCCCGCGCCUACUCGCGCUCGUUGUCGCGUGGGUGGCGGCGGUGGCGCUCCUGUCGCUGCCGGUGGUGCGAGCCGGCAUCAACCGGGACACCGUCAUCGAUUCCUCGCAAUUGGCGGUGCUGCGCUCUCUGGCCACGGAGUGGGGCCGCGGGUUCAACUACUCGGGCGCGUGGUCGUCGAAGCAGCCGCCGAAGCGCUGCGUGGCGUACCCCGGGAUCAUCUGCAACGACAAGGGUAUCAUCGUCGGACUGAACGUGAGCAACACCAACAUCAACGGCACAAUCAAGGGACUCAACGCCCUUACUGCGCUCGCCUUGCUCGACAUGAGCCAGAAUCCCAUCAAGGACGUGACUCCCCUCGGCCCCCUCACCAAUCUCGUCUACCUCAACCUACAGGCGCUGGACAUUGAAAAGGCACCCAACGCACUCGGCAACCUGGGUUUGCUCAAGCACCUGAACCUGAAUCAGAACUAUCUAUCAACUCCACUACCACCAUUCGUCACGGCCCUAACUGCCCUCACCCACCUGGACCUUGGGUUCAACGACUUAAGCGGAUCCCUCCCUCCUGGCUUCGGCAACUUGAAGAACCUGAAGAAGCUAGUGUUGUCGCACGGUGGUGAUGCUCUGGGCGGCAAACUGCCACCCUCCUUCUCCUCCCUCACCAAGCUGCGGGAGCUGUACAUGAACGACAAUGCGUUUGGGGGCAGCAUCCCUGCAUACAUCGGAAGCUUCGUCUCUCUUUCCUACCUGCGGCUGAGCAACAACAUGUUUUCGGGCAGCAUCCCCAAGGACCUCUCACGCCUCAAGAGCCUGCAGUUCCUGGGGUUGCGCUACAACUGGCUGACAGGGUCUAUCCCCGCGGCCCUCGCCUCCCUCUCCAAGCUCACCUACCUAGCAGCAGAGGACAAACGCAUGCUCUCUCCGGAGAGAGCAGCAGAGGACAAACACAUGCUCUCUCUGGAGAGAGCAGCAGAGGACAAACACAUGCUCUCUCCGGAGAGAGCAGCAGAGGACAAACACAUGCUCUCUCUGGAGAGAGCAGCAGAGGACAAACACAUGCUCUCUCUGGAGAGAGCAGCAGAGGACAAACACAUGCUCUCUCCGGAGAGAGCAGCAGAGGACAAACACAUGCUCUCUCCGGAGAGAGCAGCAGAGGACAAACGCAUGCUCUCUCUGGAGAGAGCAGCGGAGGACAAACGCAUGCUCUCUCCGGAGAGAGCAGCGGAGGACAAACGCAUGCUCUCUCCGGAGAGAGCAGCAGAGGACAAACACAUGCUCUCUCCGGAGAGAGCAGCAGAGGACAAACACAUGCUCUCUCUGGAGAGAGCAGCGGAGGAUAAACCCAUGCUCUCUCUGGAGAGAGCAGCGGAGGACAAACACAUGCUCUCUCUGGAGAGAGCAGCAGAGGACAAACACAUGCUCUCUCCGGAGAGAGCAGCGGAGGACAUCAACCUAGAGAGCAACUAUCUAUCCGGGACUCUCCCCAACAUCGACCGACUCAAGCUGCUCACCGACAUCAAUGUGCGCUCCAACUAUCUCAGUGGCACCAUCCCUCCACGCUACCUGCUGCUACCGUACCACAGCCUGGCAUCUAAUUACUUCGUGGGGGAGGUGUCAUACAAGGCCAAGAACGGCACUUCCCUCUGCCCUGGCGAGUCUGACGUGGAAAGCAACUGCCUGCGCCUCAAGUGGUGGGACAAGAAGACAUGCGGCAACAAGCCACCUCAGCGCAGCGCAGAAGCCUGUUGGACGUUCUGCCGGGCGGCAAGCAAGCUCGGCACGUGUGGGCGGCGGGGCGUGUGUGUACCGGCCAGCUUGCGCAAGAACGACAGCGCCGUGGUGUAUGCUGCCUGCCGUUGCCAGAAGGGCGCUGCUGCCACGGCCGACAACCAGUACUGCGUGAAAGUGACAAAAAAUCUGGUGCGUAAGGCCUGUCCCCCUAACCCCAAGUGCCCUCCCAACAGCAUCUGUCAACCCAACUUCCUCUCCCCUCUCGGCUACCGCUGUGCUUGCACCAAGGGUUACCUCCCCGUGGCAGAGAACUACUGGACCGUUACCAAGUGCGUUGCUAUAGAGGUGUAG